AUGCCGACCCCAAUAUCGCUGUUUUCUGUCAAUGCAAUCCUUAUAAUGUCCACGGAUGACUCAUCGAGGAUCUUCGCGAAGUACUACUCCCCUCCACACCCUCCUACCGGUAUACCAGCCAACUCCUCAGACUAUCCUGGCGCAAACCCGUAUCCCACCGUGAAGGACCAGAAAUCGUUCGAAAAAGGCCUGUUAGAGAAGACUGCCAAGCAAACCAGUGAUAUCAUCUUGUAUGACAAUCGGGUCGUUGUGUUCAAGACGGAAGGCGACGUGAUGUUGUAUGUUGUUGGCGGAGCGGAGGAAAACGAGGUUCUGCUUUACAAUGUUGUCAUUGCGCUAAGAGAUUCGUUGAACAUUUUGCUACGAUCCGGUGUCGACAAGCGCAGCAUUAUCGAAAACUACGACCUUGUCUCGCUAGCCGUUGACGAGAUUGUAGAUGAUGGCAUCUUCCUUGAAACGGAUGCUGUACACAUUGCCUCGCGUGUCAGCCGUGCUCCGGCGCAGGAUGUCCCAAAUAUGAAGGGAAUCGAUUUGUCGGAACAGGGCUUGUUGAAUGCUUGGGAGUUUGGCAAGAGGCGGCUUGCGGAGCAGUUGCGGCAUGGCUUGUGA